ACUGUUGGGAGGAAAGACGCGCCAAAACUUGCACUGUAAACAAACAGACGGUGACGAGACUGUGAACCCAACUGUGAUAAGAGAGCAUGGCGGGAACUGAGGAUGAAGCUGUGGUGACGGAGGAGCAGGCUCAGCAGACGGAGCAGGGAGAACAGGCUGUGGAGGGCGAGGGCGAGGAGGAUGGCAGGGCGGGGCUGAGGCUGCCCUUAGCGAGGGUGAAGAGGAUCAUGAAGGCUGACCCCGCCGUGCAGAUCGCCAGUCAGGACGCGGUCUUCAUCAUCGCCAAGGCCACGGAGCUGUUUGUGGAAAGCCUGGUGGGGGAGGCGUAUCAGUACACUCGCAAGGCCGGCAGGAAGACUGUGUCACGGCGGGAUGUGGACAACUCUGUGGAGGCAAUUGACGCCCUUGCCUUCCUGGAUGGCGCCCUCGACUGGUCCUGAGCGACACACAGGAGCAGUGGUGUCAAUGUGCCUCACUGGAUGUUCUGUGGAUGUAUAUUACAUUAUUAUUUUUCUAUGUGUAUUGAUGUGCUUUGUGGUGAAUAUACUGGUACAUUUGUAAGA